UUUGUUCCUAAAACCAGUGCCAGUGAGAGGUCUAAAUGUUAUUUUUUGGUGGACUCUGCUUUCCAACAUUCAUGAAGCUUAUAGGUUAAGAAAAGGUAUGCUCUGAAAGUAAAGUUUGGAGAAUCUCCUAAAAAGGUUAUUCUUCAUUGUUAUGGCAUCCAAGAAAGCUAUGCUUUACUUAAAGAAAAGAAAAUGGAAAUGGGAUGGUAGUUAAUUAUCAAGUAUCGCAGACACUUUUUUUUCCCCUAAAAUUCAUACUGGCAGCAUUCAAAAUCUCAGACGAGUUCAUGAACGUUUUUUCAGGGCUGAAAAUCAGAUGAACUGGUUAUGUGAGCUUCUGAAACAAAACUUGGUAGAGGGCAAGAACAGUAACACUAGUCACUUUGUGUGUUUCUUCUGAAGAUACAUGAUUGGAGAUUUUAAACCAUACUCUAAUAGUGGAAUCCCUGAAUUGCUUUUCAGGGCUGAGAUCAGAUGUGAUGUUCAUAUAUAUAUAUGAGCUUUCAAGGCCAAAUCUGGUAGAUGCUAAUUAAAGCUGUACAAGCUCCUUAAUCUAUACAAUGGGGAUUGUGGAAGCCAUCAUCUCUGGGGUGUUAUCAUGUUUUUGCCAAACAUGCCGACCAUUUUGCCAACAAUUGAACUAUAUCAGAAAAGUUAAAGAAAAUGAACAAACUAUGGGGAGAGAGUUGGAUUCCUUGAGGAGCCAAAAAAGAGAUCUUAGUGCCAAACUGAACACAGGCGAAGUGCAGCAUGGAAAAAGACCGAAAGAAGAGGUAACAAAUUGGUUGAAGAACUUGGAGGAGAUAGAAAAUGAUGUGAACAGCUUAAGCUCUUUUGAUGCGCAUCAUAUGUGCUUCAAAAGAUCUUGCCCAAAUUACUACUCCCGUUGGAAGAGAAGCAAGAAAACAGUAAAGAUACUCCACAGAGUCAAAACUCUUCAAGAGAUAGGAAAGUCAUUUCAUCAAAGUGAAAGUAUAUUCAUUGAUUCACUACCAGAAACUUCAUCCAGUUUGCCAACAACAGCCUUACAUGGUAGUUCAGCUGAAAGGAAGAAAGGAGAGAUUUUGCAAUGCAUCAUGAAUCCUGAGGUGAGGAAGAUUGGAAUAUUUGGUAUGGGAGGUGUUGGCAAGACAACCAUCAUGAGGCACAUUUACAAUCAGCUGAAGGAAAAGAAAGACGAUUUUGCUAUUGUCAUGUGGGUGGAUGUUUCCAGUUCUUUCAACUUGGCGAAGAUACAAGAAAAAAUUGCGGAAAAGUUGGGCUGUGACCUCUCUUCAUCCACCGAUGAAACAAGUAGAGCACUGGUGUUACAUGAAGCUUUUAAAAGGAGGAGGAACUUUGUAAUCUUCUUAGAUGAUGUGUGGGAGAGUGUUUCUCUACAAGAUGUGGGCAUUCCUGAAGCUGAUGGAUGUAAUGGUUCCAAAAUUGCGUGGACUACCCGUUUCGUCAAUGUUUGUCAUAGCAUGGAGAGCCAAAGAGAAAUUAAAGUAGAGUGCCUUGCCGGUGAAGAAUCUUGGGCUUUGUUCAAGGAGAAAGUUGGCGGUGAGGAUGUUAUUAUGUCGCCUGAAAUUGAGCCAAUUGCAAGGAAGGUAGCCUGCGAAUGUGGAGGACUGCCACUGGCCUUGAUCACUGUUGGGCGUGCUUUAAGGAAAGAAUAUCAAUUGGAAGUCUGGAGGAAUGCACUGCAGGAACUCAAGACAUCAAGCAGUGAUCAGAUUGAUGGCAUGGGCAAAGAUGUAUUUGUGAGUCUCAAAUUCAGUUACAAACGGUUGCGGAAUGACAAGAUUCGUGCAUGUUUCUUAUAUUGUGUUCUAUAUCCAGAGGGCGUCUACAUAUUUGUUCAUCACUUGAUUGAGUACUGGAUGGCAGAAGGAUUGAUCGAUGAGGAGGGGAGUGUAGAGACUGAGAAAGACAGAGGGCAUGCUUAUCUCAAGGAACUCAAAGAUGCAUGCAUGAUAGAGAGUAUCGAAGAUUAUAAUGGAUAUGUGAGGAUGCAUGACUUGAUCCGAGAUCUAGCAAUUAACAUCACAAGGGAACAACCUCUCUUCAUGGUAAAAGCUGGAUUAUGGCUGAAGGAGUCACCUAAGGAGGAAGAAUGGGAUGAAAAUCUAGAGAGAGUCUCAUUGACAAUGAAUAAUAUCGAAACAUUUCAAGGUCAACCAAAUUGUCCCCACCUAUCAACUUUGUUGCUACAACAUAAUUCUUGUUCAGUCAGCUUCUCCGAGACAUUCUUCAAGCAUAUGCACAACCUUCGAGUCCUCAACCUCUUUGAUACUGGAAUAGAAUCACUUCCAGGUUCGCUUUCUGAUUUGAUAAACCUUCAUGCACUAAUCUUGGCGAAAUGCCCUUGCCUUCAGUAUAUACCUUCACUGGCUAAACUUCAGAAACUAAGAAAAUUAACCCUCUCAGGGCUCUCAUCCCUAAAAGAACUACCAUAUGGGCUUGAAAACUUAGUAAAACUUAGACAUCUGGAUAUUUCUAGAGGAGGGUGGGGAAGUUUUCCAUCUGGAGCACUUUUAAAAAAGUCUUGUCUUGAAAAUCUUUUCAUGGAUAGCAGUGUGGCACCAAGGACUAAGAGGAUUACUCAGAAAUGUUCUCGCCAUGAUUGA